GCUCCCUCCUGCAGUCUUCCCCUAUUAAAAUUUAAAAUGUGUAACUUCAUGUAUUGGGAUGAAUGACUGAUAUUCAUGUUAAACUCAAACGUUAGGUAUUUAGGGGGAAAAAACAAAAUAAUAAACAUUAUACAGAUGUCAAAUAAAUCAAACUGUAAUUAAACUACACUCUUAAAAAUGCUGGGUUAUUUUGCUAACCCAACUGCUGGGUUAAGGCUGAUUUUUAAGCAGUUGGGUCAAUUUAAUACAACAUUGGGUCAAACAUUUUGACCCAGCAUGUUGGGUUAAAAGGGGCGGUAAAAAGAAAGAUCCUCCCCCUCGUCUGUGCCAGCUUCACCAUUUUAAAGUGGAGGAUGACAAGGACUUGCCUCAUUUCCAUGGACCUUCACACCAGCAAUGUUUAAAAAUAAGAUGGAUGAAUUUGUGAAGGACAAACUUCUGGAAUGGAACCUCUCUGAAUACAUCCCUGCUUUUGAAGCUGAAAAGAUUGACAAAGACAGCCUUUUCCUCUUGGAUGCGAACAGCUUGACGACUUUGAUACCUCUCCUGGGUCCACGCCUGAAAAUUCAGAAUAAUUUAAAAAGAUUACUUGAGGAUUCAAGCCCUAAACAAACGGAGUCUGUUUGUGCACCAGCUGACAAAUUGCAGCACGUGGCUCCUGUCCAGGGUGGAACAUCAUUUAAUAUCCGUGAGAUACUCAACAAAACACCUGAUGGAAGAGCAAUAGUUCACAGCCUUGAAGAAAGCCAUCACAUUUCUAUAAGUGAGAGAAGAUCCAUGGUCAGGAUACUUGUGUCCCACCUGAUUGAGUGCUUUGGAGAGAAUCCACCCUCGGAAUCAAAGGCAUUGCUGGCAUCAUCAGUAGUGGAGCAGUUUCCAUGUCUAAAGGACAGUCUUGGCACAGGCUAUGAUGCGUGGUUCACCCCAGGAAGGAAACAUAGACCUGCAACAGGAUUCCUAGAGGAAUGUCUCCGCAAUGUGCGAAAGAGGUCACGCUGCGACACCCAGAAUAAGUCAACACCUCAAGCGCCACAAAAAUGCCAGAUUGUUUUGCCUGAACCUACUGUAUCUCCAGAGCGAGCCAUCCAGAUGACAGAAUGGCUGAAAAACAAUAUCUGGCCACCAUCACAAGUUUCCCAGUAUAUGCUGGAGACCGCUAUCCAACGAGCCCAGUGGAUUAGAAGCAAUGGGACAAUGUCAAUCAGAGAAAUAAUGGCCGAGUUUCCACGUUUGGUUGACACUCCAGGCAUGAUUUCUCAGGACUUCUCUGUGCUACACCCAGACUCCUCAGAGAAAUUAACUGCAAGGUGGAGCCACGUGUUCUCCCGAAAGAUCAUCCGCAUGGCCAGAAAAGAAGACGCAGCUAACCGUCUCAUCGACAUAGAUUCGCUUCCAGCAGACAAACAGGAAGAUGCCGCUUUGUUGUUGCUCCCACUGAUUCUCCCUACUGCACCAUACAAAGUUGGAAGGAGACUCCUCCGACCCAGCAGCGUGGUUCGCAAGGCCUUCAUUGACAUCCAGCCAACUGGAACCAACAUGGUGGAGUACCUGACCGGGGCCACAACAGACGACCCACAUGUUCUUAUGCUUGGUGAAGACCAUCGAUGUUCCCAAGCAUUCGUUAUCCUCAAUGGGACUGCCAUGGAAUAUCCAUCACUUUUGGGGAAGGACCUGAUUGGUGUCCAGAACCUGCUGAAGAAGCACCAGGCUCUGCAGGCUGAGAUCACAGGUCAUGAACCUCGCAUCAAGGCUGUCACCCAGAAAGGAGAGACCAUAAUGGAGGAAGGUCACUUCGCUGGUUCAGAACCCUCGGCCCGUCAGAACAUUCUUAUCCACCACGUUCUAACACCAGACCUGUUAACCCGACAGCAACAAGUGGCUCCAACUGACGAUGAGACCGGGAAGGAGCUGGUUCUGGCUCUGUACGACUACCAGGAGAAGAGUCCUGGAGAGGUCACCAUGAAGAAGGGCGACAUCCUCACGCUGCUCAACAGCACCAACAAGCUGAAUGAGGAUGGAGAGACGGGUCGGACCUGGAGCAGGUCGAGGUCUUGCAGAAGAAGUUUGACGACUUCCAGAAGGACCUGUAGGCCAACGAGUCCCGCCUGAGGGACAUCAACAAGGUGGCAUCUGAACUGGAGUCAGAAGGUCUGAUGGCUGAGGAGGCUCCUAUGGUUCAGGCUCAGCAACAAGAACAUCUGGGUUCUGCUCCUGGAAAGGAUGAAGCCGACUCUAACCCCGGCUUUCCACAGGAGUUGUCAGCAGCACGUUACUGCAGCAGCACGUCAUAGCUGCUGAUAGGAACCGCUGUGGUCAACAGAACCUUUUCCACUGGAGCCGUCGGCAGCGAGAGUCGGCCGCGUCUCAGGAGCAGCAAGUUGCGGCCCUUACGCGCCGGUUCUAUUUUCUACGCGCGACGCCUCUGAAACGGGUCAAGUUCGACAUUUUUGGGGAAGGA